UACUCGGUGCGAAAACGUGCGACAGCAGGGCGGCACCGGUGGGGCCUUCACCCGUGCAGGGGGAUCAGCAGGGUGCCCUUGCUGACAGCCGCCCCUGGGUCUCAUAGCCGAGCCCUAACUCGCCCGACUGAGCCUCUCUUUCCCGGACCCCCGCCCUAGUGGGAGGUGCCAAGUGCUGAGGGCAGCCGUGCCCUCACUCAAGAUGGCGGCGGGCGCCGGAAGCGGAAGGGGAGGUGUGCGUGGCGCGGCCACACGUGGAGCAGCAUGGCGCGGGGCGGGCGGCUCCGGUCGGGCGCCGCUGCCAAGCUGAAGCGGUGGCGGAAGGGCCACAGCAGCGACAGCAACCCCGAGACGUGCCGGCACCGGCUGGCAGCCCGCAGCCGCUUCUACAGCCGGCCCGCGGAGAAAAGUAACCUGACAGUGGAUGCGGUGAAGCUGCACAAUGAGCUGCAGUCAGGGUCCCUGCGUUUGGAGAGGACAAGUGACAGUACCCAGCUCCGUAUGGAGGAGGAUGGUGCUGAAGAAGCUGCAACAGAGAAGUCCUCUGGUACCUUCCUGAGUGGGCUGAGCGACUGCACCAACGCCACCUUCAGCAAGGUGCAGCGCUUCUGGGAAUCCAACUCUGCUGCUCACAAAGAGAUCUGUGCUGUGCUGGCAGCAGUGACAGAGGUGAUCCGCUCGCAGGGGGGCAAGGAGACUGAGACAGAGUACUUUGCUGCACUGAUGACCACGCUGGAGGUGGUGGAGUCCCCUGAGUCAAUGGCUGCUGUUGCCUACCUGCUUAACCUCGUCCUGAAGCGGGUCCCAAGCCCUGUGCUUAUAAAAAAGUUCUCUGAUGCUUCAAAAACCUUCAUGGGUAUCGUGUCCUCUCAGGCCUGCAGCAGCUCCACCUCUGCCCUGCGAUGGGUCCUGUCUUGCCUGGCCACGCUGCUGAGGAAGCAGGACUUGGCAGCCUGGAGCUACCCUGUCACCCUCCAGGUCUAUCAUGGCUUGCUGAGCUUCUGUGUUCACACCAAGCCCAAGGUGCGGAAAGCAGCGCAGUACGGUGUGUGCUCUGUUCUGAGGGGCAGCGAGUUUAUGUUUGGGGACGCAGCUCCUGAGCAUCACCCUGCAGCACCCUCCACCGCCAAGUUCUGCGUGCAGGAGAUUGAAAAAGCUGGAGGCACCAAGGAGGCGACCACCACACUGCAUGUCCUCGCCCUGCUGCGGGACCUGCUACCCUGCUUCCCUGCAGCCCUGGUGAAGACCUGCUGUGAGACCUUGCUCCGAGUCAUGACCCUCAGCCACGUGCUGGUGACCGCGUGUGCCAUGCAAGCCUUCCACAGCCUCUUCAGUGCCCAGGCCAGUGUGGCCUGCCUGCCGGCUGAGCUCAAUGCCCAGAUCAUCACUGCCCUCUAUGACUAUGUGCCCAGCACGAGUGACCUGCAGCCGCUGCUGACCUGGCUGUCCACCAUGGAGCGGGCACACGUCAACCUGGGCAGGCUGCAGAAGGACCUGUGCUGGGCUCACCUGCCCCGGCUCUUCUCUGCCGCCAUGAACUGCUUCCUGUCCCCACACUCCCAGGUGGUGGUGGCAGCAGCGCGGACCCUGGAGACCCUUCUGAGUGAGUGUGUUGCUCCACACAUGGAGGACCUGGGCACUGUCUCUGCGUCUGCUCCAGCCCCUGCUGCCUACCUAUGCAAGAUGUUCAGAUCAGUGGAGGAAGGCCUGACAUAUCGCUUCCAUGCAGCAUGGGGUGAGGUGCUGCGGGUGCUGGAGGUCUUCUUUAAGACGUGUGGGAAGCAGUGCCACCCCAUCAUGAAGAAGUGUCUCCAGUCUCUGUGUGACCUGCGUCUCUCCCCACACUUCCCCUACACUGCCGAAGUGGACCAGGCAGUGGGGGCUGCCGUGAGCUCCAUGGGCCCUGAGGUGGUGCUGGAAGCAGUGCCCCUGGGGAUUGAUGGCAAGGAGUUGACACUGGAUUUCCCCCGCAGCUGGCUCCUGCCAGUGCUGCGGGACUAUGUGCAGGGUGCACGGCUCAGCUUCUUCACCAGCUACUUCCUGCCCUUGGCAGCUGCACUGAAAAGCAGAGCCCUGGAGUUUACCCAGGCUGGGAAGAGCAUGGAGGCCAAGAUCUACGACACGCUGCAGUGGCAGGUCUGGACCCUGCUGCCUGGCUUCUGCACGCACCCCAUGGAUGUGCUGGAGGCCUUCAAGGGUCUGGCCCGCACCCUGGGCAUGGCCAUCAGCGAGCGUCCGGACCUCCGCCCCACUGUGUGCCAGGCCUUGCGCACCCUCAUCCACAAAGGCUGCGGGACAGAUGCGGAGCGGGCAGAAGUGGGUCGCUUUGCCAAAAAUUUCCUGCCCAUCCUGUUCAACGUGUACAGCCAGGCCGAGGAGGAUGGGGGCAGCAGUGCUCAGCGCCGCUCCGUGCUGGACACUGUCCGUGCUUACCUGACCAUCACUGACCCCCAGAUGGUGUGCGGGUUCCUGCAGAAAGCCAGCCUGAAGCUGACCAGUCCUGAGAGCUCAGAGUUUGCCAGACUCUCCAUCCUGGACCUGGUGGUAGCAAUGGCACCCUAUGCUGAUGAGCAGUCCCUGGACUCCCUGUACCGCACCAUCCAACCUUCCCUCCAGAGCAAGGAGCGCAGCGUGCAGAAGAAGGCGUACCGUGUGCUGGAGGAGGUGUGUGCUGCUCCCCACGCUCCCUGCCAGGCCUUCGUCCACUCCCACCUGCAGGAGCUGCAGACAGUGCUGCUGGACUCGCUCAAGAGUGCAGCAUCCCCAGCCAAGAGGCCCCGGCUGAAAUGCCUGUUGCACAUCGUGAAGCAGCUCUCUGCAGAGCAUGAGCCCUUCAUCACAGCCCUGGUCCCAGAGGUCAUCCUGUGCACCAAGGAGGUGUCAGUGGGGGCACGUAAGAACGCCUUUGUGCUGCUUGUGGAGAUGGGACAUGCCUUCAUCCACUUCGGGCCCACCCCCCAAGAGGGCUUAGAGCGAUUCCUGCUCCUGGUGUACGUGGGGCUCACAGGCUCAGUCACCAUGAUCAGCUGCACGGUGCUGGCACUGACCCGCCUGUUCUUCGAGUUCAAAGAUCACAUGGAGCAGAGUGUGGUGGAGCAGCUCCUGCAGAACAUCUGCCUGCUGCUGGCCUCCCGCACACGGGAUGUGGUGAAGGCAGCCCUGGGCUUCCUCAAGGUCACACUGCUGCUGAUGGACACCAAGCUGCUGGCCAAGCAUGCCCAGGGAAUGCUGGAGGCCGUGGGGAACCUUUCCGAUGACAUGAGACGCCACUUCCGAAUGAAGCUGCGGAACCUCCUCACCAAGUUCAUCCGCAAGUUUGGCUUCGAGCUGGUGAAGGGGCUGCUGCCGGCUGAGUUCCAUAAGGUUCUGGUGAACCUCCGCAAGGCAGAAGCCCGGAACCGCAAGCAGCGUGCACUGAGGCGGGCGGCUGCAAGUGCAGAUGAAGAGGAGGCACCACCAGCACAGCCCAGAGGAGAGAGCAUGGAGGAGAUCCUGGCUGACUCGGAGGACGAGGAGGAGGAGCUGGAGGAAGGGAAGCGGAGCAAGGAGGGGAGGAAGCAAGCACGGCAGAAGGGCCAGGCCUGGCUGAAGGAAGGGGAAGAGGAUGAGCCCCUCAACUUCCUGGAUCCCAAUGUGUCCCAGCGGGUGCUGGCCACCAAGCCAGGCACCAAGCGGGCCAGAGGAGUGAGCCAUGACUUCCGGAUGUCUGAGGAUGGGCGCCUGAUCAUCCAUGAUGAGGAGGAGGAGAUGGAUGAUGAAGCCAAAGGAGCAGACGAGGACAUGGCAGAUGUGCUGCAAGAUGUGGGUCUACGCAGUAAGAAAAGCCAGAAACGUCGGUUCAGAGAGGAUCCAGAUGAUGAGGAACCUGAGGCUGGGUCCUACCCUCAGUACAAAGCUGGAGGCUCUGGGAUCCACCGGCAGCUGAACAAGCAGCCAGCCUUCGGUGCAGAGUACAGAUCCAAGAAAGGUAAAGGUGACGUGAAGAAGAAGGGGCAGCUCGACCCCUAUGCCUACAUCCCCCUGAACAGAUCUAAACUCAACAGAAGGAAGCGUGUGAAGAUGCAGGGCCAGUUCAAGGGCCUGAUGAAAGGAGCACAGCGUGGGGCCAAGGCCGGCCGCAGGAGCCGUCUGAGGGCACAGCGCUCCUGAGAAGCCUCCGGUUGCACUACCCCAGGAUGGACAAUGCCCUGUGGCCUCUGGGCACGGGAGGAUGAGGGCUUCCUGAGUGGAGCAGUGGGGACUCCUCUGCGGAUGGUGGCCUGCGUCUGAGGCUGCCUGGUUGUGUUACAGACUCAUGGCCCAGGCCCUGCCCUCCUGUGCCUGGAGGAAGGGAAGUGUGUGUAUGUGUGCGUGUGUGAGGCAAGGGAUGUGUAAGAGACUAUACUGAUAAAUACCUACUGUUCCUACCCA